AUGGCUUUUAGAGGAAAAUGUACAUUUGGUACUCGACCUCCUAUGAACAAUAAUUUAAUAAGUGAAAUCAUAUACAGGGAGGCUAAAUAUUAUCACAAUUACAAGACGUAUCGGCCUAAUUUCAGGGCAAUACCAUUGGCAAGUAAAUUCUACGCAUCUCACGAUUUAGUCAAAGUAAAAGAGAGUAAUGUAGAAACACAGAAAGUUGAAGAGUACGCGGACAGAAUAGCCGGCUUGAAGACAAGAGGUCCUCGCAAUAAAUAUCCUGCACCGGUCACCUCCAACCAAGAAUACGGAUGGUAUCUCAAAAUACCUUCGGAUAGAAAUGAAACCUAUCGAAAAACUAGUGAUAGUAUAUACCGUAAUAGUAAGAUAUAUCGAUAAUGUUAUCAGUAGGUUUACACUGUAUAAACACUUGUAUAAUAACAUUAUUGU